AAGUACAUCAUAAGUUAAUGCAACAUGUGGACUCUGAUCUCAAGAUCACCAAUCUUCAUAGUAUCCAACUUAAAUCAAUGAUUAUUAUAUCAUGAAACUAGUCAUACAAGUGUUUCUUGAAAUUACUCCAAUCAUUUGUCUCUUGGCUAUAAUUUCGUCAAGAUAUCCUAAGUCUUUAACAGAGAAAUUUAUCGCUCUCAUACUGAAUCGGAUGCCUAAAUCAAAUAUCAUAAAGAAGUUGGGAGCAUUGAGAGGAACAAACAGGUUAAUCUUCAUAUUCUGUAUUCUUGCUCUUCUUAUAUGUAUGGCUAGUUUUUCAAAAAUUUAUUCUCUCAGGUCAUUUCUAGCUACAAAUUCCUUCUGCAACUGUAACAAUCGCAUAAACUCUUGUAUAAUCGAUCACCACGUCGAUUUAACUCUAGAUACUGUAAUCCAGAAAAUCCAACAUGAAAUUGACAUUUUGCGAGAGCUACCAAAUCAUGCAACAUCAUUUUCUGGAAAACAAGCAGUUUUUCUUGCUGAUAUUUUAAAUCUAGUUGAGUCAGUCCAGACAUCACUACUACAAAAUAGUGAAUCUGGAGCAGUGUUACAUUCCCUAUCAAAACAAAGAGAACAAUCCAAUGGACCAGCUGAAUAUUUUUUGACAGAAGAAAUCAGAAAAUAUGUGAGGAUUAAACCAAACAGGUUGAAAAAACAAAACUUUAUGGGUGCUAAUGGUACAUUCACUAGCAUUGGUCAUGCUUGUUUUUCUAUGAAGACAGAGCUUGAAGACUACAUGAAUUAUGAUAUCGGCGAAAUGUGUAAUGAUGAUUGGAGAUUAGCACAGAAACUUAUGGUUCAUGGAUGUGAUCCAUUACCAAGAAGAAGAUGUUUUGCUAGAGCUCCUCAAUUGUACAAUAAACCAUACCCUAUAAAUGAAUCCCUUUGGAAAUUACCUGAUGACAAAAAUGUUAGAUGGAGUCAAUACAAAUGCAGAAAUUUCACUUGUUUGGCUAGAAAUUCAACUGCUAAAGGUUUCUUUAAAUGCAUAGAUUGUUUCAAUCUUACACACCAUGAAUCUCCAAGAUGGAUUAUUCCUUCAUAUCAAGACUCGAACUCGAAAAUGACAGCUGAUAUAUUGAUAACAGAAGUGCUUAAUUUGAAUCCAGGAGAGAUCAGAAUUGGACUGGAUUUCAGUGUUGGCACAGGCACAUUUGCUGCUAGAAUGAGAGAACAUAAUGUCACUAUAGUUUCUGCAACAAUAAAUCUUGGUGCACCAUUUAACGAGAUGAUUGCUCUUAGGGGGCUAAUUCCUCUUUACUUAACCAUAAAUCAGAGGCUACCAUUUUUCGAUAACACAUUGGAUUUGAUUCACACGACGAGGUUUCUUGAUGGCUGGAUUGAUUUUGUGUUGCUGGAUUUUGUGUUGUAUGAUUUUGAUAGAGUUUUGAGGCCUGGUGGACUUUUAUGGAUCGAUAGCUUUUUCUGUUUGAAGGAAGAAUUGCAUGAUUAUUUAGAAGCAUUCAAGAUUCUGAGGUAUAAGCAACAAAAGUGGCUUGUUGUUCCUAAACUGGAUAAAGAUGAUAGUGAAGUGUUCUUCUCUGCUGUCCUAGAAAAACCACCUAGACCUUUCAGAUGACUUUGUUGUAUCAUUGAUGAAUUAUAGUUAUUUAUAAUACAAUAUUGUUAGUAGCUA